CUUGUACAACAGUAGGCAAAACAUUUAAAUUAAAAUGUCCAAGUUUUCACUAAUUAUAGUGGCUUUAGUCGCCAUAAGUUUGGUGGAUUUAUCCAUGGCCAUACUCUAUGUGCCGGCCCAAGAAUGGGCUGAUUAUAAAGCCGCCUAUAACAAGGACUACACCAACUCUCCAAUCACCGAGGCUUAUGCCCAGUAUUAUUAUGCCUACAACAAGAAAAUGAUUAAAAAACAUAAUGAUUUAUAUGAUCGUGGUUUAAGAACCUACAAAUUGGCCAUUAAUCAAUUUAGUGAUAUGCGUUUUAUACACUUUAAUGCUCUCUUUCCUUUGGCUAGUUCUACGGCAGAAUACCACGACAAACCGCCGCCAACUGUACAAACCGCUGCACCCAGUUAUGAUCCUCGAAUGAUGGGUUUAAAUGCAAAAGUAGAAGAUCAAGGUCUUAAGUGCAAUAGCGGCUGGGCCUAUGCUGCGGCUAAAUCCAUAGAACUUUUUCGAACCGUGCAGAAGGGCAAUAUGAAUCCCGAUUCGUUAUCAGCACAAAAUUUAAUAGAUUGUGCUGGUCGCUCAUCAGCCUGCAAGAAUCAGGUACCCCUGGCUGCCUUUAACUAUUUAACCGAACAUCAAAUGGAUUUACAUUUGGAAAAAGAUUACAAAAAUGACAAUGAACAAGCACAACCCGGCAUGUGUACACCACCUAGUGGCGCCCAACAUUUGCCGGUGGAAACAUUAACCGCCUAUUCGAAAAUUAAAAAUGGUGAUGAUGAAGCAUUGAAAAGUUAUGUUUCCGCUGGCAUGCCUGUAGUGGUGGAAUUUAAUCCUUCGUCGUUUGAAUUUAUGCAUUAUUCAGAUGGUAUUUUUCAACCGCCCACUUCGCGCAAGGGUUCACAUUUUAUGGUGGUUAUAGGUUAUGGUAACGAUAAAACUACCGGCAUGGAUUAUUGGCUAUUGCAGAACUCUUUUGGCACUACUUGGGGUAAAGAAGGUUUUCUGCAAUUACAUCGUACACCAAAUUCUAAACUGGCUAAAAAUGCUAUAUUCCCCUCGGAAUAGUUUUGAGUAAAGACAAUGAUAGUAUUUUACUUUUAUAAAAUUAUUUGUA